UUUGACAGCUCUCGCCUGCACUCUGCUUUACUUCACCAUCCUGCUGUCUUUUGUGGCUGCGUUCGCUCUUUUGUCUUUUUCGACCAAGUACCAUACAAGCAAAUCUUCACAAUGUUGUCUUCACUCCUAUCACUCUUUACUUUGCUGCUUGUUCCAUUCGUUGUGUUUGGUCAAAUCGAAGACAGCGACGGUUACUCCGGAUAUAAGCUUGAUAUCCGUCAAGAUGGAGAUCCCCUCGCUAUGGUGUACGAGACGGAGAACACGCAGAACAACGUCUCUGCCUCCGUUCCUGAGCCCGAUGUGUUCCUGAAUGCUUCAGUACACGUUGGUGAGAUCAACAUUGAGGUGCAGAAUCUCACAGCAAAGAUCAACUUGGACGCUCAGGUCCUCCAAUUGCUUUCCUUCAACGCAGGCGUAGAUCUUUCCAUCUCUAGAGUGCAACUCCUGAUCCAGAACGUCACCGCGAAAGUCUACCUCGAAGCUCGUCUCGCCAACCUGGUCCUCAUGAUCAACGAUACUUUGAGCUCCAUUGAUCUUAACCCCGUGCUUGUUGAGCUCGGUAACGGCAUUGGAAACAUCAUCAACGAAACUGGUGAUUUGAUCGGGGGAGUAACAGACGGACUCAACGACGGCUCCUCCGCCUCCAAGCGCAGUCUUGAUCUUAUCCAGGUCGAGCUCGAAAACAACAUUCUCUACUCCAUCAAUGACUUUUCCGGAAGCACACACACAAACCGUGUGUUGGCGCAAAACGGCGACAUCAUUGAGCAGAAGCUCGACAACCGCGGUAUCAUCUCCGGCACCACCGUGGUUGGCAACUACCUCAAGGACAUGACGUUCAACGGUUUCAACCAGAGUGUCACGUACAAGGGCCAGGAAGUUUGGGAGGAAGAGUACACGUACUCGCCGUACGUGGGCUUGUUGGCUAUCUCGGGGAUCUUCAAGAGCAAGACUACGGGAGAGGUCGUGGGUACUCAGUUGAUCGCUGAGGCAAGAGGAGGAGGAUCAGCCAGUAUUGGUGGUGCGCGCGAGCAAGAAUUAUAGAGCUGUCUUAGUUUGAACAGUAGUGUAAUGAUAAUAUCUUAUGCGCUCUUUGAUUGAGGCGCGACUGGACAUGGUCUGAUUGCCUCCUUUGCAUUUGUAUGUUCACUCUUGCAAGAUCAGUUUAACAUUAUGUUACAUGCAUAUCCUCCAUCAAUUUCUAGACUACAUGCUCAAAACUUAACAACCAUCAUUGAGCAACGCAUAACUUUGACUUUUCAGCCCUAUACAAUUGCAACAUCAAGGUGGGGAAGGGGGAAAAGAACAGACUCAUCAAUUCCUGAUUCGCGACAAAACGGCCACCAGCCCAUCCGUCCGUCCCCGCUCUCGCUCGCGUUCGCGCUCGGCAACUGCCAGAUCGUCAUGUUUUUCGAUCGCGAU